GCCCCCGUCCAGCCCUGCCCGCACGGGGCGGGCUCCGCGGCCAUGUGACCGGCGCCGAGCCGCGACGGGUCGCGCUGGGACGGGCGUCGGGGGCGCGGGGCGCCCGGCGGGCGAGAUGCGGCGGAGCUGGGUCUUCGUGCUGUUGGACGUGCUGUGUGUGCUGGUCGCCUCUCUGCCCUUCGCCGUCCUCACGCUGGUGAACACUCCGUACAAGCGCGGAUUCUACUGUGAAGAUGAGUCCAUCCGGUACCCCUACCGCCCAGAUACCAUCACCCACGGGCUCAUGGCCGGGGUCAUCAUCACAGCCACUGUGGUGCUCGUGUCGGCGGGGGAGGCCUACCUGGUGUACACAGACCGUCUCUAUUCCCGCUCUGAGUUCAACAACUACGUGGCGGCCGUGUACAAGGUGCUGGGCACCUUCCUGUUUGGGGCUGCGGUGAGCCAGUCGCUGACGGACCUGGCCAAGUACAUGAUCGGCCGCCUGCGCCCCAACUUCCUGGCUGUGUGCGACCCUGACUGGAGCCAGGUGAACUGCUCGGCGUACGUGCAGCUGGACAAGGUGUGCAGGGGGAGCCCUGCCAACGUCACCGAGGCCAGGCUGUCGUUCUACUCAGGACACUCCUCCUUCGGCAUGUACUGCAUGGCCUUCCUGGCGUUGUACGUACAGGCACGGCUCUGCUGGAAGUGGGCACGGCUGCUGCGGCCCACGGUUCAGUUCUUCCUGGUGGCCUUCGCGCUGUACGUGGGCUACACCCGCGUGUCCGACCACAAGCACCACUGGAGUGACGUUCUCGUCGGCCUCCUGCAGGGGGCGCUGGUUGCUGGUUUCACUGUCCGCUACGUCUCAGACUUCUUCAAGCCCCGGCCUCCGCGGCCCUGCCAGGAAGAAGAGGGGCUGGAGCGGAAGCCCAGCCUGUCCCUGACGCUGACCCUCGGCGAGGCCGAGCACAACCACUAUGGGCACCCGGCCUCCUCCUGACCCGUGGCCCUGGUCCUGGCCGCGCCUCGCCCGCUCCCCAGGCUGUCGGGAGCAGUGAGCAGGGGCUGCUGCCUGCCCCACCCCCGCUGGACCGGGCGCCCGUGCGUGCGGUGGGGGGUGGAUGGGGGCUGUCCCUCCUGUCUUCCUUGGGGCCGGAAGGGACCAGCAGAUGAGGUGUUUCUGUAAACUGUGACGGACACGUGGAUUUGUGGUACCCUCGGGCCCUUGUCUGAUCCGUGGGUCCCCGGUGCUGUCCCUGCAGCAGAGGCCCGGCCCUAGGACGGGGGUCGCCCAGCUCCUGCGUAGGUGGACAGGAGGCCGGCUGCCCCACCUCUUCCGCUCUUCCUCUUGGCCAGUGCUAGAGGCGGGGCCGUGGGUCUGCACACACAGGGGGUGCUCUCCUGGCUGAGAGGGCCUUGGGGUGGGGAGGGGCUGGGGGCAGAGGCCUGGUUGCUGACCCUCCCCCAGCAAGGAGGCCUCUGCCAGGUGCCCCCAGUGAAGGCCUCCAGAGCCAGAGAGAGUGGACUUGAGCCUGGCCUGGUGGGGCAGCUGCGUCCCGGGGCGGUGCCGGUGGAGGCCUCACCGAGCACCCUGGCUGCCUGUGGGCUCCUCUCGGCCAGGCCCCCAGACCCUCCGCCCUUGGAGGCCCCAGCGCCUCGCCCUGACCCCUUCCCUCGGACCCCCUGCUCCCUGCUGUCAGCAAGACCCCGGGGCCCCAGGGGCCCCGUAGGAAGCCCCCUCCCUGUGUCCCUGCAGGGCUCCCCUGAGCUCGUCCCCCUGGCUGGCCCCUCCCGCCUGCUGGCCUGGGGACCCAGCCCUUGGAAGUGGUCCCUGAGGGGGACCCACAGAGUUUGCUCUUUGCACGGCUGGGCAGGCAGUAAAGGGUGCGUUUGUCAAAUUA